AUGAUCGAAGAUAGGCGGCCAAGGAAGAAGGAUGUUCCUGCUAAGAUUGUUUGUUUUAAUUGUGGUGAGAAAGGCCACAAGAGCAAUGCUUGUUCGGGAGAGGUAAAAAGAUGUUUCCGAUGUGGUAAGAAGGGUCAUGCACUAGCUGAGGGCAAACAUAAUGACAUUGUGUGCUUCAAUUGUAAUGAAGAGGGUCACAUUGGUUCUCAGUGCAAGCAGCCUAAGAAGGCGCCGACUACUAGUAGAGUUUUCGCUUUGACUGGUACUCAGACCGAGAAUGAGGAUUGCCUGAUCAGAGUUGCGGUUUCUGCCACUUAUUCAAGCUUGCUGAUGCGCAACCAACCUGCUGAACGCUCGUGGAAACAACUUGCUGAGAAGUAUCAGUAG